AUGAUACUUAAAGUGCAAACACUACUGCUAUAUAUACGCACGAAUCUUUUAUUAUAUUCUCUAUUCUCUUCUCUGUUCCCUCUCGUCUCGUCUCGUCUCCUCUCGCUUCGCUUCGUCUCCUCGCCUCGCCUCGCUCUUUCGCAUCUGCUUCGUUUCGAGAGUUUCCAAGGGUACGGUGCGGUGCGGUGCGGUGCUAUCUGGCGUGCUUCCUUCUUCCGCUGCUUUGCUAAGAAAAUUUUUCUUUUGUCAGUAGCAACAACACGCUACGCGGUUUUCAGGCUACGAAGCGGUCUCUGUGGCAACGGGUGGCAUUGUGCGCGGGUGCGCGGCGGGGUGUGGGUGGUGGGGCGUGCGUGCGUGGUGGUUGCCAUGGCGAUUGCGCGCGGGCUGGGCAGUUCCCCAAAGCGGCAGUCGGUUGCUCCGGAUUCCGCACCGGUCGCGUCAACAAAACACGAAAGCUCUCGGGAUAGUGGAAGGCCGCGAGCAGGGGUAAACAGGUGGGAGUGUGUGUGUGAGUGUGUGUGA